AUGUCGGCCAGCUAUCAAGGCCAUCAGGUACACCCCGACGGCCGAACAUGGAAGACUCAUUUCCCUAAGGGAGACUUAUGGGUAUUUGGAUAUGGGAGUCUGAUCUGGAAGCCACCCCCACAUUACGACCAGCGAAUUCCAGGUUUCAUUAGUGGCUACGUACGACGCUUCUGGCAGGUAAGAGCCCCAAAAUGGACCGAAAGAAUAUGUACCAAGCACAAACGGGAACUUGCGCCCCCAAAUCCAGCACCGACCACACAUCUAGAGCAAGCCAAAGCUGACACGAGAGCCGCCGUGGCGUUCCCAAUUUUCAGGCUAGGUAUUACCGACCACCGUGGAACUCCCGAGAAACCCGGGCGCGUAGUUACUGUGAUUGAGCGCCAGUUUUGGGAAACAUUAGAUGACCCGCUGGCACGCCAUGAAUCCGAAUCGGAAUCCACAAAGGUGUGGGGCGCAGCGUAUCAUAUCCCCGCUUCACAUGCUGAGGAGGUCCAUGAUUACCUUGAUGAGCGUGAGAUAGAUGGAUACAGUGCGCAUUUUACGCCCUUUUACCCUGUCUCAGAAACAGGGAAAGAGAAUAUCCGAGCUUCUGCUGGCUCCGCGGACUCGGAAACACCAUCCAUUAUUUGUAUGGUGUACAUUGGUCAGCCCAGUAAUCCGCAAUUCUUGCGUGAUCCGGCACGUCGCGAUGCGCAGGAUGUGGCGCAGGUGAUUAGUGCGGGACAUGGACUUAGUGGAAAGAAUACGGAGUACCUUUUCUUAUUGGAGAAGGCACUUGAGGGAAUUGGACUUGGGACAGCUGAUAUUCAUGUUACAGACUUGGUGAAGAGGGUGAAAGCUAUUGAGGCGGUUGAUUUGGCGGAGAGGGAGGAGAUGGAGGCUGAAAAGGAAGUGAAGAAGAAUUUGGCUUAUCCUGGAGAGAUUGAUCAUGGAGAUAAGAUUGAGUGA